AUGUUGCGGCCAAAAGCGUUGACGCAAGUUCUCAGCCAGGCAAAUACAAGCGGGGUACAAAGCACACUGUAAGUAUCUAGUGGCAGAGGCACGUGAAUAUAGCGUUAUUUUCUGCUAGCUAGCUAAGUUAGCUAAUGAGUUGUUCUUAAGAAGACUUGUAACGACAGCUACCUACAUGUAGGUAAGUCUUAGCUAACACUCUGCCUGGCUAACGUAUUUACAUGUUCUCCCCGCAGAUUGUUAAACAAUGAGGGGUCUCUUUUGGCUUACUCUGGCUAUGGGGACACUGACGCUCGAGUGACCGCUGCAAUCGCAAGCAACAUCUGGGCGGCCUAUGACAAGAAUGGGCAUCAAGCUUUCAACGAAGACAAACUCAAAUUUAUUCUGAUGGAUUGCAUGGUUAGAGAGCUUGGACUAUAUUGUCUAGUUACUAUGCAUGAACCAAAUGUUUGUUACAUCAUUCUGCCUUACAUUGGUUAUCCAUUGAGUAUCACAGUCACCAGAGGCUCCAGAGAAAAUCUGUUGUAUGCCCUAUAACGUCAGUUAAAAAGUGGUAGAAAAUGACCUAGGCUAGUUGGCACCUUGGCAAGUUGUAUUACCAUCAAAGGUCAAUUGAAAUAUAAUGUGCAUGCAUUUUUAUCAAUUCCUUUUUUAUCUUCUCUUUGCAGGAAGGCAGGGUGGCCAUCACACGGGUAGCUAACCUACUCCUGUGCAUGUAUGCCAAAGAGACUGUGGGCUUUGGAAUGCUUAAAGCCAAGGUGAGGAGGAAUACUUUGAGUGCGGAUGGCAUUGGUGUACGAAUUGUGUUGUGAGGUGCUGUAUUUGAAACUACAAAACACUAUUGACUAAUUCCGGAAGAGACCAAGCAUGUCUGUCCUUUAAAGAGCCAUGAGCACAGACCAUGUCUGCAUACCACACUAAGCAUAUUUCUCCUGUCUGUGUGGUAUUUUUUAGGCUGAAGCGCUGGUACUGUACCUGGAGGAACCUUUAACCCAAGUUGCUGCAUCAUAG